GCCAGACUAUCGAUCGGUUUGGAGUAGCUUCGUUGGUGGAACUGACAUCUUAGUUAGAUUGGCAUUCUUAACCAUGUUAACCAUAAACAAACUAAUGAGUGAACGCGGCAACUUGUUGCGGUGAGACAAUGAUUACAAUAAUUUAUGCAAGCCCUCGUCUCCCCGAAAAUUAGAAUUACACCCUCAUAUAUAUGGCCAUGACGUACUUCACUGAGUUUCCCAUAAGUUCUGGUGAGCAGGAUUUCACUUCUGGGGAAGACGAACCGUCAUUCAUAAAAGAGACUUCUCCUUGACAGGACGUGGAAGGAGAAUCGCGGGCAGGAGAGAGACAGAGAAAGAGAGAGGCAGGGGAUUCUAUGAAAUGAUUGAACUGUGCUUUUUAUUCGAAGCCGGACGAAUUAAAACACACAUUUCCUCAUUGAAAAUUCGCCAUCACUUUAAGAGUAAACAUCAAAUAUACAAUCAGUGUUAUAUUUGACUUUUAGUUUCGACUGACUGAAUUCGACUGACUGAAUCUUCGAUGGUAGUACAAAGUCACUCAGGUGGCACUACGGAGUUAGUUUUAUCAUGAGUAUAUCAAUGAUUUUCACGACGCCUUCUGACAUGGCAUCCAACGCGACGUCGUUGGGCGGGCUCGAAGAUGUCGAGAAUGCUUCGAUCCUGACAUCAAUGUCCGUCUCGCCGACGCCGUACGAUCGUAAUCGUGGUCUGACGGUCGACCAUUCCCCGUCAUCGGCUGUGGCAAUCAUCGAAGGCAUCACGAUGGUUAUCAUCUUUGUUGGGGCGCUUUUUGCCAAUCUCAUGGCGAUCGUCACCAUUCUGACUGAUAAGGUUUUAAGGAAGAACUUUCACAAUCUGCUUAUUCUGAACCUGACCGUGGUUGACCUGGGCGUGACGAUCACGAGCAUGACUUUCUCUAUCUGGUCCAUCUAUGACAACGGUUACCUUCUCGUGCACAGUGAUAUCCUAUGCUCGAUCAAUGGUUUUGGCGCCGUUCUCUUUACCUUCGCCAACUUCACCACCAUCCUCGCCAUCUCUGUGGACCGCUACUUGACCGUGGUCUGGUCAAACAGGUUUCCCCCGACCAAAUGCCGCGCAAUUGGUUUCAUCAUCUUCUGCUGGUUCCUCCCGAUCAUCAACGUCCUUCCUCCGGCCUUCGAGUUCCUCUCCGAUUUCAAGUUCCACCCGGAUACUCACCACUGCUCGCCGAAGUGGGAAGACUGUCUCUAUUUCAUCAUCUGGUUCACCUUUAUCUUCGGUGUGACGGUUCCCAUCAUGACGUUUUCGUACAUCUCUGUCAUAUGGACGAUCAGACGGCAGGAAUUGCAGCUAAGAUCUCACGCUGCAUUCAAGAAAGGCAAGAACAGCAAACAAACGAGUGAUAGCGGCGUGGUCAACGUCUCAAUGGACGUGGUCAGCAACGAAGGCUUGUCCUCGGCCGAUUGGCCAAAGACUUCGGACGAUCUCGGAACUACCGAUUAUGACGUCACAGAAGAUGACGAGGUGACAGGAGGAUUCGGAAUGAAAGAACACGUGAUCGCUAAGCCCGAGAAAAAGAAGAAGAAGAGACAGCAACUUCUCUACAAAUUGGAUAAACUCAGUGCGGAUAAACGGGUGGCCGUCACAGGUAUUCUUCUGGUAAUGACGACCGUUGUGUGCUGGACGCCGUACUUCAUCAUCCAUUCUUGCUUUAUACCGAUCGAUCCAUCUCAUUGGCUGGGCGUGGUCAGUAUGUGGCUUGGAUACUCAAACUCCUUGCUCGAUCCACUCGUUUAUUCGUUCAUGAACCGACGCGUGCGCGCUAGAUACCGCUCGCUGAUUGGUUGUCGGAUAGAUUGGAAUGCCUUGCGUACCCGAUUGGCUAGUAUUUUCCGGAGGGGGUGAGGACGAUGAUAGCAAUGUGAAUGAUACAGAAUGAACUAUAUCACAUUAUUCUGGUGUGGUUUGUUAUACGAGGUUUAGCACCAAGUCUUUGCUAUAUCCGGUAGCCUUGUCUUGCUGUAGGUCCAUGUCGGUGUAUAUAAUUUAGGCUCAGUAUUUUCCGGAGGGGGGAGGACAGUGACAGCAAUGUCAUUCACGGUGGGAAUGCGCAGAAAAAAGUGUUUAGUAUUACCAUAGAGCUAGCUCUAUGGUAUUACACUAUUCUAGUGUGUUGGUUUUAUACGGGUAAUGUUAACAUAUUUGAUACCAUGUAUUGUAUAUGCUAGUCCCGUGUCAUAUUUCAGGCUCGAUGUCCACACUUUUUUAAAUUAUUUUUUUCUUUUGCGGAGGGGGGGCAUCAUGAUCUGCUGUUAUUGAUAUAUUCGUACAAUUUUUGUGCAAUGUUGAAUGUUACAUUACUAUAUAGUGGCAAUAUGGGCGCGGGGGGUAAUGUGUUCUUUGACUUUAAUUGACUCUAAUUUCAUGCGGGCUAUAUAUAUGCGAGUAACCAAAGCGAGGGAGGCGUGUAUAGGCCGAAGGGCAGUUCGUAUUCCGUCACCCUGCAUGGCCCAACACGGGUGAUUUGACGUCAAAGCUUUUGAAAAAAAAGUAUCAUCUUUGAUAUUGAGAAAUUCGUUACCAACACAGCCCCCUCCCUCGAAGGGGGGGGGGGGGUGAGGACAUAUAACGUGAUACGUUAGCCAUAGCUAGCAUGCAUAGCACGGAACAAUGAAAGUGGAUGAUGCUCGGGGGGGGGGGGGGGUUACUGGCCUUCAUUGCAUUCAAGCUUUCACAUAUCCACACAUUUUUAGAACAAGAAUGUGUACGGCUCAUCCAGUAGUAAGAACAAAGGCGGUAAGAACAAAGAAAAUAUACAUAACAAAUGUGUAUCUGUGUGUAUGUAUAAUAAAAUCAAAGACACAUUCCAUGUUUAUAUAUCCGAAUACUAUACAGCAAGUUAAACAGUACUUGACUCGUGUAAUACGUCGUCUUGGUUUUUAAAAUGUUAUGUAUUGCAUAUGAGGCUGAUUUUCAAGUAUUUCUCAAUUUUAAUGUAAAUAUUUUUAUUUGUAUCGUUACGACCAUUUCCAUUUUACACCUGGUGAGGUAUAGUGAUGCACUGUAAAAUAAAAUGUUGUUUUCUUAUUCACCUGUCAUUU